AUGACUUCACAGAACACCUCGUUAUCACCUGAAGCUCUAAACACAAGCACUACGGUUAUCACCACUGCUAGUGGCGCGACAACCACCAUUCCCAGCCUGAUCUCCACAGCUACAGCUAAAUCAAAUAUUACAGCAGAGAAUAUCACGGUGAUACAGCCACUGAUAUUUCUACAGACAUCUGUAGCUCAGGGAAUAGCUGGUACAUUUGCAUUUGCGGCGAUUUUGAUUACAGUACACCAAAUUUAUCUUCAUCUUCGGUACUACACCUGCCCAAAUGAACAGCGCUGGAUUGUGCGUGUUCUGUUCAUUGUCCCCAUCUACUCACUUGACUCGUUCCUCAGUCUCCUGUUUUUGAACAAUGACAAUUACUACGUUUACUUUGACAGCCUCAGGGACUGUUACGAAGCGUUUGUCAUCUACAGUUUCCUUAGCUUGUGCUAUGAGUAUCUGGGUGGAGAAGGAGCCAUUAUGUCUGAGAUUAGGGGCAAGCCAAUACAGUCCAGCUGGAUGUCUUGUACUUGCUGCUUUGCUGGCAGACAAUACACUAUUGGAUUUUUACGCUUUUGUAAACAGGCCACUCUGCAGUUCUGUUUUAUCAAACCUAUCAUGGCCAUCCUGACGUUAUUGCUGCAGGCCUUUGGAUACUACAAGGAUGGAAACUUUUCACCAGCAAAUGGAUACUUGUACAUCACGAUUAUCUACAACAUCUCCAUCAGUUUGGCCCUGUAUGCUCUAAUCAUGUUCUACUUGGCAACCAAGGAAUUGCUGAGCCCUUUUGAUCCAGUACUGAAAUUCUGCAUCAUCAAAUCUGUCAUCUUCCUCUCCUUUUGGCAAGGUGUUGUCCUUGCCAUUCUGGAAAAAGCCAAAGUUAUUGACCCCAUCUACACAAACAAGGACACCCAACAAGUCAGCGUCGGCACUGUCUCUGCUGGUUGGCAGAACUUCUUUGUCUGUAUGGAGAUGUUUGUGGCCUCCGUGGCCUUGCGUUUUGCAUUCCCUCACAGUGUUUACAGUACAGGACCCACAAAUACGCAUGGACGCACGGUAUCGCUGCAGUCUAUCUCCAGCAGCUUGAAGGAGACGAUGAACCCAAGGGAUAUCAUGCAGGACGCCAUCCACAAUUUCCACCCUCAGUACCAGCACUACACCCAGCAGGGCACGAAACCAUCGGAGGAUGAUAACCAGGAUGGACUGUGGAGCACUGAUAACUACCUUUACCAGCAACAGUGGCCAGUCUCUAAUGGAAACACCUCAACCACUUCCUCUGUGUCUCCUGCAUCUGCCGAUGCUGGGAGUGGCGGCGGCGGGAGUCAGCAUCCAAAGCAGCAGCCUUCUCAAGGAAGCAGUGCUGCCGGAGCCCCAGCAGGUUCCCAAGGAAGGAAGGGACGGUUCAAUGAAAAGACAACUCUCCUCAAUUCUGAUGAUGAAUUUCAGUAA